CUGACUUGUUAUUCUAUCAUGGACAUCUCAUGGCUGUUCCAGACCCCCGUAGAGAACGUCGCCUUGAACCAAGCCCUGAACGCUCUCCCCCCCGGGUUUGACAAUGUCUCGGCUGUGUUCCUGCAGAGCAUGCCUGUUCUGCCCGAAUGGAACAGUCCUGGGAUCAAAUCCUCCUUCUACGAGAUCGAGACCACCGACCCUAUCGUCUCGUCUGUGCUGGCCGCCGUGCGAGAAGCAGACUUCAUCGCCUGGGAUGCCUCGUUCUUCGACCUGAUGGGUCCGCAGGCCCGUCUCGAGCGCAUCCAGUCGUUUGAUAAGCCAGGCGUGCAUGAAGCCCCGGCGUUUGUCCCCGAGACCAACGAACUGGUCUAUUCCGACACUUCUGCUGUAGGCUGGCUAUGGGCUAUCAAUGUCGAUACUCACGAGACCCGCCACAUCUAUACUUCACCUCCACUGUAUAAUGUGAACGGCGCCCGGUACCACGCAGGAAAGGUAUAUCUAGCGACCAACGGAGGCGCCCGUCGAGGCAUCUACGAGCUCGACAUGGCCGACCACAGCGUGACGGCGAUGGUGAACAACUACCGGGGCCGCCAUCUCAACAGUCCCAACGAUCUGAUCUUCGACUCAGCCGGGAACAUGUGGUUCACCGAUCCGCCGUACGGCUGGGCGCAGGCGUUGACCGACGUGCAGCCCCCAGAGGUGCCGAGCAGCAUCUAUUUCUUCAAUCGGACGACGAGGGCUCUCCGAGUGGCCUCGAACAAUGUCGCUCUCAUGCCGAACGGACUUGCGCUCUCGCCAGACGAGAAAACGCUGUACGUCGCCGACUCGAACUCGACCUCGGGCCGUCCCCUCCAGCAGCACGGAGACAGUCUGCGGAACGUGUGGGCGUUUGAUGUGCUGGAGCAUUCCUUGUUGGCGAACCCACGGCUCAUCCAUCAGACGGAGAGCGGCUGGCCGGAUGGACUGCAGGUGUCGCGCGGCGGCUUUCUCUUUGUCGCCGUGUAUGGCGGCGUGGACGUGUUGGAUGCGCAGUCGGGCGUGCUGCUGGGGAGGAUCAAUACGGCGGGGGAUAUCGUCUUCAACCUCGAUCGGGGCGAGGGAGUCUGGCUGUUGACGGGGGAGAAGUAUGUCUACAAGGUGGUAAUGAGGGAGGUGUAACAGGAUAU